UCGAGUUGUUUGAUCAUGGAAUAUCUUGCUGCAACUUCCUUCACAACCCUAUUAAGCUUCCCAACUUCACUUCUUGUCUUAGCAAUCAUACUGUUUUACUUCAUCCAAUCCCAUAGGAAUGUCAAGAAACACCCAUUGCCACCCGGUCCAAAACCAUGGCCUAUUGUUGGAUGCCUCCCUACCAUGCUCCGAAACAAGCCAGUGUAUCGAUGGAUACACAAUCUCAUGAAAGAAAUGAACACUGAAAUAGCUUGUAUCCGUUUAGGAAAUGUUCAUGUGAUUCCUGUCAUUUGUCCUGAUAUUGCUUGUGAAUUCUUAAAAGCACAAGAUAAUACCUUUGCAUCUAGACCUCAUACCAUGGCCACAGAUCUCAUCUCGAGCGGUUACUUAGCAACAAUUCUCUCUCCCUCUGGAGACCAAUGGAAUAAAAUGAAGAAAGUUCUUAUGACUCAUGUACUUUCUCCUAAAAAACAUCAGUGGCUUUAUAGCAAAAGAGUUGAAGAAGCUGAUCACCUUGUUCAUUACGUGUAUAACCAGUGCAAGAAGUCUGCGCAUCAAGGUGGCAUUGUGAAUUUGAGAACUGCUGCCCAGCACUACUGUGCAAAUGUGACUAGGAAGAUGCUGUUCAACAAGAGGUUUUUUGGGGAGGGAAUGAAAGAUGGUGGACCUGGUUUUGAGGAAGAGGAGUAUGUGGAUGCAUUUUUCAGUUGCCUUAAUCAUAUAUAUGCAUUUUGCAUCUCGGAUUUUUUGCCAUCUUUGAUAGGGCUUGACUUAGAUGGGCAUGAGAAGGUGGUGAUAGAGAAUCAUAGGAUCAUCAAUAAAUACCAUGAUCCCAUAAUCCAUGAGAGGGUUCAACAAUGGAAGGAUGGUGCAAAGAAGGAUACGGAGGACUUGCUUGAUAUUUUAAUUACCCUAAAAGAUCCUGAUGGCAAUCCCCUGUUGUCAAAAGAUGAGAUAAAAGCUCAAAUUACAGAAAUAAUGGUUGCAGCAGUGGACAAUCCAUCAAAUGCUUGUGAAUGGGCAUUCGCAGAGAUGCUAAACCAACCUGAGAUACUUGAAAAGGCUACUCAAGAACUGGAUAGAGUGGUCGGAAAGGAGAGACUUGUCCAAGAAUCAGACUUCUCGCAUCUCAAUUACGUGAAGGCAUGUGCUAGAGAAGCAUUCAGGCUUCACCCUGUUGCACCAUUUAACGUUCCUCAUGUGCCGGCCGCCGAUACAACAGUUGCCAACUACUUCAUCCCGAAAGGUUCCUAUGUUCUGCUUAGCCGUCUAGGACUGGGCAGAAACCCUAAAGUAUGGGAUGAGCCGCUCAAGUUCAAGCCAGAGCGCCACCUCAAUGAAAUGGAGAAGGUGGUGCUGACUGAGAAUAAUCUGCGAUUCAUUUCGUUUUCCACUGGAAAACGUGGGUGCAUAGGUGUGACACUUGGGACUUCAAUGACUACCAUGCUAUUUGCUAGACUUCUUCAAGCGUUUACUUGGAGUUUACCACCUCAUCAAUCCAGCAUCGACCUUACCAUUGCAGAAGACAGCAUGGCUCUUGCAAAACCACUGUGUGCACUUGCAAAACCACGCUUGCCUCCACAAAUGUAUCCCGGAUACUGAAGGGAGUACAAGGACUGCGUAUGCUGCAAAAUAUUAUCAAUAGACGUUGUGCCAGAACAUUAGCAGUUAAUGUAAUAAACUCUGGCAACUUUUAUAUUGUUGAGAAAAGAAACAUA